AUGCCCGAGCUAAAAAAUACAGAUAGCAAUGAAAUUAGGACCCUUAUAGGGUUGCUAAUAUUACAGAGCAUCUGCCCUAAGCCUGAGUACAAAAUGUACUUUUCACGACGAGAGAGCAGCGAGACUCCUUUUUUCUCUAAAGUCAUUGGUGGGAGACGACUUCAUUUGUUGCUAAAGUUUUUACACUUUGUAGAUAAUUCUACUAUUUUGACCAGUUUUAAUGAGUCCUUGAUAGGAUGGAAAGGCAGACUUGCUUGGAAACGGUUCAUACCUUCGAAAAGGAAACAAUUUGGAAUUAAAAUGUUUGCCUUAUGUGAAAGUUACAGUGGUUACAUGUACAACUAUUUAGUUUAUACUAGCGCAGAUACUGAAUACAAAGCUUUGUAUAUAAAUGAACCAUUUAUUUCGAGGGUAGUGUUGACAUUGAUUCAUCCUCUUUUAGAUAAGGAAUAUCGCAUCAUAGACCUGUGCGACCAGCUAGUAAAAAGAAGGACGGAUAGCGUUGGAACAAUGAGAAUAAAUAGAAAAGGAAUACGACGGGAAUUAAAAGCAAAAUUACAGAGAGGAGAAACUGUAGCACGUUUUAGAGGAAAACUCAUGAUUCAGAAAAGGCGCGACAAAAAAGACGUCCUUAUGAUAAGCACAGUCCACGAUGACAGCAUGAAAAAAAUUGCAGCAAGGUGUGGGGAUAUUGAAAAGCUUUCUUACGUAAUCCAUUACAAUGCCAGCAUGGGUGGUGUUGAUUUAUCUGACAAUUACCUCAACUUUUAUGGAAUUGCUCGUACUAGAGUUAAAAAAUUCUACAUAAAGAUGUUUUUCUAUUUUCUAAGUGUCACUACGUUGAAUGCUUUUCAAAUUUAUAAGAAGAAUGGUGGAAAACUAAAAAGACUGAACUUUUUACUGGAGCUGGUUUUUCUUCCUAGACAAGCGGGAUAUGACAUAUUUUUACAUCACGUCCCAUGCGACUCCGACAAUGCAGCAAAUACGUAUGAGCUGGCUGGUUCAAAAGGAGCGCUAGAACCUGUGUCAGGGAAUUUAGGGAAGUAA